AUGGGCUCUGAGCCUUCCUGGGCUGCCAACCCCACCCCCAGGGGCACACUGUCUGUCCCCAAUGCCACCACCCCCUGGCUGGGCCGGGAUGAGGAACUAGCCAAGGUAGAGAUUGGCAUUCUGGCUACUGUCCUGGUGCUGGCCACUGGAGGCAACUUGGUGGUGCUACUGACCCUGGGCCUGCCCAGCCGCAAGCGAUCUCGCAUGCACCUGUUCGUGCUGCACCUGGCCCUGACCGACCUGGGCGUGGCACUCUUCCAGGUGCUGCCGCAGCUGCUCUGGGAUAUCACCUACCGCUUCCAGGGUCCUGACCUGCUCUGCCGGGCUGUCAAGUACCUGCAGGUGCUCAGCAUGUUCGCCUCCACCUAUAUGCUGUUGGCCAUGACUCUGGACCGGUACCUGGCCGUCUGUCACCCCCUGCGCAGCCUCCAGCAGCCCAGCCAGUCUACCUACCCACUUAUCGCUGCGCCCUGGCUGCUGGCGGCCAUCCUCAGCCUUCCUCAAGUCUUCAUUUUUUCUUUGCGAGAGGUGAUCCAGGGCACAGGGGUGCUGGACUGCUGGGCACACUUCCACUCCCCCUGGGGGCCACGAGCCUACAUCACCUGGACCACACUGGCCAUCUUCGUCCUGCCUGUGGCCAUGCUCACAGCCUGCUACAGCCUCAUCUGCCAGGAGAUCUGUAAGAACCUCAAAGUGAAGACACAGGCUGGAAGGGAGGAAGCGGGAGGCUGGAGGACAUGGAAUAAACCCUUCCCCUCCUCCCCCGCUGCCUGUCGGGGGCUGCCAUCCCGGGUCAGCAGCAUCAGCACCAUCUCUCGGGCCAAGAUCCGAACUGUGAAGAUGACAUUUGUCAUCGUGCUGGCCUACAUCGCCUGCUGGGCACCCUUCUUCAGCGUCCAGAUGUGGUCUGUGUGGGAUGAGAAUGCACCUGAUGAAGAUUCCACCAACGUGGCCUUCACCAUCUCCAUGCUCCUGGGCAACCUCAGCAGCUGCUGCAACCCCUGGAUCUACAUGGGCUUCAACAGCCACCUGCUGCCACCGCCCCUGCGCUGCCUGCCCUGCUGCAGGCCUCUCCAGCCCCGGCUGCGCAGGCAGCUCUCCAACGGCAGCCUGUGCACCCGCCACACCACGCUGCUCACGCGCUCCAGCUGUCCGCCCACCCUCAACCUCAGCCUCAGCCUCAGCCUGGGCGGGCGGCCCGGGCCUGCAGAGUCGCUGAAGGACUUGGAGCAGGGGCAUGGGGAGGCCACUGCAGAGACGGGCAUCUUUUAG